CUUCACGUUCCAAAUCUGUCAUGCAAUCUACUGUCCAUUAGCCAACUGACUAAAAAUUAUAAUUGCUCUGCUAACUUAUUUCCCUCUUAUUGUGUAUUUCAGGACCUAUCAUCGGAGAAGACGAUUGAUAGUGCUAAAGAGAUUGAGGGACUCUACUAAUUUGAUGAAGCCGAUGUGAGUAAACAACGUCAAUUUGCUAGCUGUGAUUCUGCAUUUACCUCUUAAGAAUAGUGAGAUACUAUUAUGGCAUAAUAGAAUGGGACACCUCAACUUUCAAUUUUUAGGACAUGUAUUUCCCUCAAUUUUUUCGAAUAAAGUGAAUUUUGAUCUUACAUGUGAAGUAUGUGAACUUGCAAAACAUCACCGCUCUUCAUUUCCAAAAUCCACGUAUAAACCGUCAAAACCAUUUACCCUUAUCCACAGUGAUGUUUGGGGACCUUCACGAAUUCCCAAUCGUCGAUGACCACACCCAAAUCUGUUGGGUUUAUAUGUCCAAAAAAAAAUCUGAUGUUCGGUCAGUUUUUAUCGACUUCCACACAAUUCCAAACACGAAUUCAAAUUCUGCGCAUGGAUAAUGGCACAGAAUAUUUCAACAAUACCCUACAAACCUACCUUCAAGAAAAUGGGAUAAUCCAUCGAAGUUCGUGUGUAGAUACUCCUCAACAAAAUGGGAUUGCUGAAUGAAAAAACAUGCAUCUCCUUCAGGUUGCUCAAGCCCUUAUGUUCACUACAAAUAUGCCUAAAUUAUUCUGGUGGGCGCUAUUUUAACAUCAGCUUACCUUGUAAAUAGAAUGCCUAGUUGCACCCUCAAUUUUGAAUCCCCUAUCAAAAAAUUCCGAGAAUUCUUUCCUAGCUCUCGAGUCAGCUCAAAUUUACCUCUAAAGGUGUUUGGAUGCACAAGCUUUGUUCAUAUUCACUCUCAUGACGAAAUAAACUUGAACCCCGUGCUGUCAAAUGUGUAUUUAUUGGAUACUCACCUACAUAAAAGGGAUACAAAUGUUAUGAUCCAAACACAAAAAGGUUAUUGGUUAGCCUUGAUUUCACCUUCUUCGAAAAAAAUCCUUAUUUCCAAAAAUCCUCUCUGUAGGGGGAGAAAUCGAGUGAAGAUCGAUUCUUGGAAACCUCCCUUUCUACUCCAUUUUUAACACCACCAUCAUCACCAAACAGUUCUAAUAUGCCAUUUACAAGGACAACUUGAAUUUAGGGGGAGAUCAGGAAAUACAACGCAAAUAGAUAAAAGUCUAUUUAUGAAGGCCAAAAUCAAAGGAGGAAAACCCCACACUCGUAACACCAAGAGAGUCAGAAUCGAUGAUAGCUCCAGAUCCCCAUGAGCCUACUCCUGAACUAUCAAAUAUAGAUCUACCAAUUGCUCUAAAGAAACCCACUCGAUCAUGUACCCUUCACCCUAUCUCAAAAUUCAUAAUUUACAAAACUUUAUCUCCAAGAUUUCGAACCUUUGUCUCUAACCUUGACAACACAAAAAUCCCAAGAAAUAUUCAAGAAGAUUUAGAAACUCCAAAAUGGAGAGAAUCUGUGAUGGAAGAAAUGAGAGCAUUGGAAGCAAAUGAAACGUGGGAUAUAAUGGAACUACCAAAAGGUAAGAAACCUGCUGGAUGUAAAUGGGUGUAUAAUGUGAAGUACAAAACAGACGGGACAGUAGAAGGGUACAAGGCCCACCUAGUUGCAAAUGGACACACUCAGACCUAUGGAAUAGAUUACACAAACAUUUGCACCGGUAGCAAAAUUGAAUACGAUCCGUGUCCUAUUAUUAUUAGCAGUAAAUUUAGAUUUAGCAGUAAAUUUAGAUUGGCAACUCCAACAGCUUGA